CCAAGGCAAGUCGCCAACAAAUCAAGAGAAUUUUCAAUUUCUAAGGGGUACCUCGCUUUUACGCAAAAGCUUGAAUUUGGUGUGAGAAUACCGUCAAGCUUUAGUAGGACCUUCUCUUAUGGAAGUCUAUUAGCCUGGUUAGGCAGCGUCUGGUGGCUAUUCUAGGAUCCUUUACUUGAUAAACGCCAUGCUCCAGCAACGACGAGAAGAGAUUUUAGCCAAGAAGGCAAAGCUCGCCGAGCUGAAGCGUCAGCGUGAACUUCGACAGAAAGAAUUCACAGCGAACAGGCAAAAUGUGGCCGAAACAUCAGAGCUUGUCCCUCCUUCACCUAGUCGGGCCGACCACCGGAGAGAACUUGAAGACCUCAUUACAAGUCUUGUGGGUGAGAGCAGACCCGGCUCAGUGGCACAGAAAGAUGGAGAUGCCACCCCAGCCUCCACCACAAAAGCAAGCCGACCAAAUUCCGUUUUAAGCGCCAGUCAAGUCAGCGUCGAGAAUGUCGGAACACCUAACCACGCAGCUCAGAAUCUAUCUACAGCCCCCUUAUGCACUAUAUUCGACUUUACUCCAGCGCCUGUUCAAGAGAUUACGACAUACAGUAAAGCUGUUCAAACAAUCGAACCGUGGAAACCUCAGUACAAGGAUCAGGAAGACUUCACAAGCGAAGAAGAGGAUGAAUCAAAUACGCCAGCACAUCCCUCGCGCUCUUCUAAACGCGUUAGCCGAAGGGAAAGGGAGAAGGACGAGGAACUCAGGCAAAGUCUUCGGAAAGAAAUCGAGGAGGAGCUGAGAGCGCUGAAUGAUGAAGCUACCAAAAGCGGGGCUGGGAUGGAUCAAAAAGAGCCUCUUGAAAGCUAUCCGGCAGCAACAUUGAGUGGAGAGGAAUUAGCCGCUUUAACUUCGACGGAUGAAUACGUGGAUUUUAUCGAGCGAUCUACUAAAAUUGCGGAGAAAGCAGUGGACGAAUAUGACGUGCUAGCCGACUAUACUCUUGGGGGUUUGUAUGACAUUGACGAUGGCGAUGCGUAUGAAGGUACACACGGAAAACGUGGGGGGAAAUUACGUGAACUCUAUCGAUUUUGGGAUGAUAGAUGGAGCAAAAAGCGCAUGGUCACAGACCUAAACUUCUCCCCAAAGUUUCCUGAAUUACUUGUUGCCUCAUAUACAAAGUCUCCCUCCGCUCCGCACGAUCCUGCCGGCCUUGUCCAAGUUUGGAACUCACACCUUCACGAUCGCGCGGAAUAUAUUUUCCAAGCUCAGUCGGAUAUACUCACCGCAAAAUUUUCCCCGUUUCAUCCUAAUCUUAUCAUUGGUGGUUCGUAUAGUGGACAGAUUUUACUUUGGGACACACGAGCGAAAUCUCAUCCGGUGCAAAAGACUCCUCUCACUAGCUCGGGGCACACUCAUCCCGUCUAUUCCGUUGAUAUUGUCGGGACACAAAACGCCAAUAACGUCAUCAGCUGUUCUACUGACGGAGUUAUUUGCAGCUGGGCGAUUGAUAUGUUGUCACAACCACAAGAAAUUCUCGAGCUUGUAGCUCCACCUCCUACUAGACUCGAGGACCUCUCUCCGACCUGCAUGGCUUUUCCUCAUGCUGAUCCUACUUACUUCCUCGUGGGGUCGGAGGAAGGCACCAUCUACGCCUGUCAUCGUUAUGAUAGAGCAGGCGCAAAGGCAGGCAUCGAUCAGCGUAUAUGCUAUCGUGGCCACGCUGCUCCAGUCAUGUCGGUCGAUUUUCAUCCUUUCCGCGGCCCAAUUGACCUUGGCGAUAUGGUUCUCUCCUCCAGCUUGGACUGGACGGCCAAGCUUUGGAAAAUUCGGGCCCCCGCCGCAGCAUCGGCAGGCGCCGUGUCGGGGACGCCAGAUACAGUCACUCCUUUACUUGAAAUAGGACGGGAAGACAUCAUCUAUGAUGCUAAGUGGUCCCCCGUCAAACCAGGAGUUUUUGCCUCUGUCGAUGGAUCAGGCAGUCUUGCAAUUUGGAAUUUACUGGUAGACUGCGAAGUGCCAGUCGCUACAGCGCAGCCUCGGGACAGCAACUCUUUCGGAAUCUCUCCCAAGAGUCUUAAUAAAUGUGCUUGGGAGAGUGUGGAUGGCAAGCGUAUCGCUACAGGCGGCGUGGAUGGUGCUGUGACUGUUUUCGAAGUCGGAAAUGAACUUGGUGGUGCUGAGAAUGCUCGACCGGAAGAGUGGACUGACUUUAAGCGGCUGCUCGGAAAGCUGGAUAAUGGAACAGUCCUCGAUGGCCAGUAGCCAACGAGCUAUUUCUUUUUAGAUUUUCAUUUGCUUCAAGUGUGUUUAGGCGAAAUAGGAAAACUUGGCGACUGGAGUUUUUAAAGAGUCAAGCUUAUACCCCAGGUUGAAUCAUAUGGCAAGCCAUUUAUGCAACAAUGUUUCAAAUUCUUUCGUUCCUAGGUAAUAUGACUUUGUCGACGUGUAUAUCUCUCACUGCCUCUCUUUUGAUCAGCCCACAGAGAAAAGGUUGCCCACCUAGGGCUAUAUAGAUCUACAAGCUCAACAACGAGAUCUUCAAUAUUUCACACCCA